CCCUUAUAUUUGUGGUCUGUAUUUUCUUUCCCACCCCUUUAUCCUGCAGCUGCAGUCCUCUCUCUUGACUUCUUUCUGACUUGUAGACACUCAACUUAGCAGCAGCAAUGGCCACAGCUGGGAAGGUCAUCAAGUGCAAGGCAGCAGUAGCCUGGGAGCCCAACAAGCCUCUGGUGCUUGAAGAGAUUGAGGUGGCCCCACCGCAGGCCAACGAGGUCCGCAUCAAGAUUGUGGCAACAUCGGUGUGCCACUCUGACCUGUACCACCUUUUGGAGAGCAUGCAUAAAGAUGGCUUCCCAACAGUCCUUGGCCAUGAGGCAGCCGGCAUUGUAGAGAGUGUUGGGCCCGGAGUUACGGAAUUUCAGCCAGGAGACAAGGUGAUUCCUCUGUUCCUCUCUCAGUGCAGAGAAUGUCACCUCUGUAAGAAUCCAAAGACCAACCAGUGUGCAACAGCAUGGACCAGGGUUCGUCAGGACAUUAUGGCAGCGGUUGAAUCCAGAUUUACCUGUAAAGGAAAGAGAGUGCUGCAGUUUAUGGGAACCAGCACCUUCUCAGAGUAUACUGUGAUGAACCAGAUCGCUGUGGCCAAGGUCGAUCCUGACGCUCCUCUGGACAAAGUCGGUCUCCUCGGCUGUGGGAUCUGCACUGGAUAUGGAGCAGCAGUUAAUACUGCUAAGGUUGAACCAGGAUCCACAUGUGCCGUGUUCGGUCUGGGAGCUGUGGGUUUGGCUGCAGUCAUGGGCUGCAAGGCUGCAGGCGCAAAGAGGAUUAUAGGUGUUGACAUCAAUCCAGAAAAAGCUGAGAAGUCCAAAGUGUUCGGUGCUACUGACUUUGUGAACCCCAAAGAUCACAACAAGCCCAUCAAUGAAGUGCUGUUUGAGAUGACCAAUGGAGGAGUGGACUUCUCCCUGGAAUGUGUUGGGAAAGUGGACAUCAUGUGCAGUGCCUUGAAAUCUAGUGCACCAGCUUGGGGUGUCAGCGUGAUUGUUGGCUGGACAGACAUGUACGACAUAGCAGUCCGACCUGUUGAGCUUAUUUCUGGACGUACAUGGAAGGGAUCCCUGUUUGGAGGAUUUAAGAGUAAGGAUGGCGUUCCUGAAAUGGUCAAAGCCUACAUGGACAAGAAGGUGCAGCUGGACGAGUUCAUCACUCACAACAUGACUUUGGACCAAGUCAAUGACGCCAUUGAACUGAUGAAGCACGGCAAAUGUAUCCGGGCAAUGAUGAGCAUUUCUCCACAGUAGGACCACACUGUGGCAUGUGGUGACACCAGAUAUCUGGACAGUCCUAAGGGCUUCUCCACAUCAAGAUGUGCCCAAGUAAUUCAGUAAUCCACCACUGUGUCAUUCUACACCACCUUACUUAACCUUCCCAGUUCAUGUCAUGAAUUUUCUUGAAAACUUCAGUUGAGUUCAUGUGACCUUGUAAAAUACUAAAGCUCUACUUUGAGUACUUUUAAAUUGGAUAUUGAAGUGAAUUUUUUGAAGUUUGGUCUUUUAAGCUAAAUUUGAACAUUUUUGCAAUCCCUUUAAAGUCUCACCAAACACGUAUUUCCCACUGGAUUGGGUUGAAAUUUGAAACCCUGAGGAUAAUUUGCAACUAAACAGAUGUUUCACAGGAAAUUAAUUAUAAACAGUGAUUUUUCUCCACACUUUAAAAAUAUUAUUAUUAUUAUUAUUAUUAUUAUUAUUAUUAUUAUUAUUAUUAUUAAUAAUGAUAAUAAUAAUAAUAAUAAUAAUAAUAAUAAUAAUAAUAAUAAUAAUAAUAAUAAUAAUAAUAAUAAUAAUAAUAAUAAUAAUAAUAAUAAUAAUAAUAAUAAUAAACGUCUCUACUAGUUGUCAAAGUAAAGUUUCAGAGCUGGAAAACACACUUUAAGAUAUGCUGAAUAUAUAUUUUCCCAACAAGGAUUAUUUUAAAAUCUUUUAAAGGCAUUAUUUUUGAAAAAUAAGGGCUUUUACAUUUGGAAAAUAACAGUGUAAGCAAAUGGACAAAGAACAAGCUUUGUAAAAUAAGAAUUUAUGACAGAGCUGUUGUACUAGAUUCAUUAGAUUUCAGUUUGUCAUAUCUACAAUGAAUUAAUCAUCCUUCUUGAGCAAAUCUACUGUCAAAAAUGCCUUCAAAGUGAGUUUUUGAGCUCUGAAUGUGUAUUUCACAACCAAAUAACUUCUACAUAUUAUAGAACAAUGUAGUCAAAAUUUGUUCCGCAAAAAUUAAAAAGUAAGUAUUAUUUAUUUGGUAAAAAACAAUAUACAAAUAAGAUUUCAUGUAUGUUCAGUGUAAAUUUCAACUUUGUCCAGUGGAAAAUAACAGAUUGAGGACUAUAGGAGUUGCAACAAUGAUGAAAUGUUGUUCAGAUGGCGGAACUUUAAAAAUUCAUACCAAAAAAACCCCCCAAGUAUUUGGAGUAUAGCUGUAGGAUUUUCAAGGUACCAUGAAUUUAGAAGUUUUCAUAUAUGCGUUUUUUUUUUCAAGACGUGUACAAGAACUGGCAGGGUUGGGUGAGUUUGCAUUAAAUAACCCCAUUACAGCAUUAUCAGUAAAAUAUAUUGAACAUUCACAUAAUAGUGCACAAAUUAGAGAGAACUUAACACAAUUCAGCCAGUUGUGUGCAGACUGCAAAGAUCAUCUGCUGUGUUCAUAUAAACAAAAACUAAACAUGUCAAAGUGUUUAUGGAGCAACAUAAAUUAUAUAAACAGACGAGUUACAGGAU